AUGUCGAUGCCUUUUCAAAACGUCGCGCCAACCGAGCAGCAUUCGGAUGGCCUCUAUCACGCAAUUCAAUCUUCAACACCACCAUCAUAUGAAGAAGAAAUGCAUUUACCAAGUUACGAGGAAGCUAUAAGGGACCAAGUUCCCGAAUUUCCAGCUUCGAGCCUCCGACUCGAGCGACGCAUCAAGUUCAUGUGUUCGUACGCAGAUGCUCAAGUUGAGCAGAGACUCCAAUCAGGACAAGACGUCUUGGAUUUGGAUAUAGGAAUAGAGCAGAGAUUGAUUCACGCAUGUGCUAUUUACCCGGUAACGCGUCAAAUCUUUCAACGCUACAUCCACAAACAUAGGAUUUAUUUGAUGUUGGCAGGGUUUCAAUGGGAGAGGGUAUUGCGAGGGAGUGAACAAAUUGAGUGGGGUAUUGAGAGGGUAGAGGUGACAAAUGACGAGACAGAUGAUGAGACGGAUGAUGACGAAGAACCAUCGCAAAUGAUGGGAAGCAGGAUUGAAGGUUAA